CAUCAUUACGCCAGAGUGGCAGCGCCCUUCCCCCUGGUCGAAAAAUAGAUCGAACUCAACACUUCUAUCAAGUGACGCUAAAAUACCAGAUCGUUUCGUCACUUAUUAUAUAACUACUAUUUCCAUAUUGUACGCUCUUUGCAUUUGAGCUAGAGAAUUAAACAACACAUUAUCGAUUUCAUUUCGGUCUGUAUACCGAAUCAUCUUUGAAUUAAUCGAAUGGAUAAAAGUAACGAAGAAGGUGCCUGCAAUGGCGACCAGCACGAUACGGAAGUAGUCGACACUAUGGACGAAGAGAGUUCGGCCAAAGAAAAAUUAACAGGAGAUAAAGUGAAGUUCACUUCGGUGAAUUUGGAUACAGGAAAGAAUGGAGAAGCUAAGGUGGAUAUUCAGAUGUCUCAAAGCGCUGUUGGAAUGGGUAAAGAUGAGUUGAUGAAAUAUGCAAAUGAGCCCUUCUGGGUGAGGCUCCGUCUCAUACUCUUCAUCCUUUUCUGGAUCGCCUGGUUUGUGAUGCUGGUGGGUGCUGUGGUCAUUAUUAUUAUGGCCCCUCGAUGUCCACCACCUCCAAAGGUCGAAUGGUUCCAAAAAGAUGCUCUCUACCAAGUGGAAGUCGAAACUUUCAAAGAUUCGGAUGGAAACGGAAUCGGUGAUUUCAAAGGCAUUAUUGAGAAAUUAGACUACUUUAAAAAGCAAAAAAUUUCUGCCCUGAUGUUGAGUGCGUUUUAUAAAGGUGAUACUAACGGAGGAGUUGUAAAUCACACAGAAGUUGACAGUAACUUCGGAACUCUGGCUGAGUUUGAAGAAUUGGUAACCAAAUUGAAAGAAAACGAUAUCCGUUUAGUUGUGGACUUCAUUCCCAAUCAUUCAAGUGAUAAGCAUCCGUGGUUUGUUGCCAGUGUUGAAAAUCAAGAGCCUUACUCUGACUUCUACAUUUGGGCUGAUUCUCCAUCUGAAGUGGCAGAUAAGAACAAACUUCCCAACAACUGGCCCAGCGUUGAAGGUGGUUCCGCUUGGGAAUGGAAUGAUAACAGGCAACAGUUCUAUCUUCAUACAUUUGGAAAAGACAAGCCUGACCUCAAUUUGAGAAGUCCAUUAGUGCAACAGGAGUUAAAGGAAAUUGUGAAAUUCUGGUUGGGAAAAGGUAUUGAUGGCCUCAAAGUUGUUGCAGCAAGUCACCUCGUUGAAGACUCCAGUCUGCGUGAUGAAGCCAUGGGUGUUGAAAACCCUCCUCCUAAUGUAGAGUAUAAAGAUUUCAAUCAUGUCUACACUCUUAAUCAACCUGAAAAUGUUGGAUAUUUGGCAGAAUGGAAAGAGAUCAUCAGUGAUUUUGCAACCUCCUCUGGAAUUUUUAAAGUUCUGUUUGCUGAAAUUUCUGGCUCUUUGUCAUCCGCUGUUGCAUACUAUGGGAAUGAGACUCACCGUAUAGUGGAUCUCUCGUACAAUAAGCACUUUACAGAGAUCUCCCAGAAUCCAACUGGAAUUGAAUUGAAGAAACAUCUUGAUGAAAAUGGAAAAAUACCAGCAUGGGCUUGGCCUGCAUCAUUGGUUGGAGGUAAAGAUGUGAAACGUUUGGCCUCUAGAAUUGGUGAUGAAUUAGUGGAUGCAAUGCAUAUGAUUGCUACUAUUGCUCUAGGCACUCCUAUAUUUUAUAAUGGUGAUGAAUUAGGAAUACCAAAUUAUGUCCCUAAAGGGGGUGAGCUCUCUACUUCACAAACUGUCAUGUUGUGGAAUAAUCAAACGUAUGCUGGAUUUUCUUCCGUAACUCCAAAAUAUCCGGUGCAUGUAAAUUACGAAACGAUGAACAUUGAUAGUCAAGAAAACAGCAAGCAAUCCCAUUUAAAAGUAUUACAAAAAUUGCUUUCUCUGCGAGGACAACCUGCCCUCAGUUUUGGAGAUGAAGAAUACCCUCUGGUCACUGAAGAAAUCUUCUCUAUGAUGAGGGUUCGAAAAGGUUCACCCGGCUAUUUAGUGGCCAUCAACCUGGGUUCAAACUCUACUGUCAUAAACUUCAGUGGAAAAUCCAAGCACCUCCCGGAGAUGGCGCGUGUCGAAAUAAAAAGCACCGCUAUAACGGAUGGAUUGCUAGCGGAUGGCGAACAUCCAAAAGUUUCUUUAAAUAACAUACCACUGGGCUCUAAACAAUCCGUCGUGUUUUCGUUUGUACCAGUCUUUAAUUAAAGCAUGUUUUUAUUCACUUAAUUUUUAUGUGUUGCUUUUUUUCUCAAAGAUCUGGUUUACUUUUGAAUGAAUUUUUUGUUUUUUUCUUUCAAUUAUUAAUUGUUCCUCUGAUUUUAUUAAGAUACAAAAUUGAAUUAUUGUUAUUGAACUGUUAAACUUAGAAUCACAUGAUUGUUACCUUAUUUUAGCAGGGUGUGAAGUGUUUUUAAAAUGUGCUUAAUUUUCUAUCUUUGGAAGAAGAGAUUUUUUCUUUUCGAUUCAGAGAUUUUUUUCUUUUCCGUGUCGAUUAUCGUCAUAAAUUGCAAAAAAAGAAAAUCAUGAUUUUCACAAUUUUCUCUGCAAUAUUUAUCAAAAACUGGUUAUUUUAUAAUUAUUGCGUAAAGUUUUUGAAAAUGUUUUUGUUUUUUGUUGAUUUUAUGUUAACUUUUAAUGAUAGCAAAUAAUUUUUAAUACUGCACAUAUUCUAAUUAAAAAAAGAAAAUUGGAAAAAGAUUAAACAUAUUUUUUGAGUUCUUAAAAGGUGCUUAUUUUUUGUUGGUUAUUGACGAAAAUCACUUAAUCUUAUAAUAUAAAAGAAAAUAUCUUGAUAUUGCACAAUAAAUGAACAAUAUCACUGCAUUUUGUAUCCAAUAUGUCAAAUUUAUAAUGCAACUGCAAUUGAAAUAAAUUGUAAAAAAAAUUAGAUGUGCAGUUUUGAUCUGAAAGGAAUGAGUUUUCCAAUCAAUAAUAAGUAUGAAAUCUCAUUUUUAUCAAUGUAAAUGAUAUGGUGUGCAAUUAUGCAACAAGUAUCUAUGCAGAGUUCUCCCUAGAAUUAAAAAGGGCGCUGCCUCUCAGAAAAGGACACUUUUAAGUUUUAAAAGGACUUAACACUGUAAAAACUUAUCAAAAUGUGUAAUUUGUAAUUACUGAAUUUGAUCCUCAACACUUUUUUAAUUACUUUCUUUUAUAUGCAUCUAUAUUUAAAAAAAUAAUUAUCUUUCAUUAGAAAUUUAUAAAAAUGAUAUAAUGUUCAUAUUUAAAGAUAUGAACGUUUGCAAAAUGCAUAAAAAAUCAUAAUUUUAUAUGUAUGUUAAUAUUUGAACUUGGACAGUACAUUCAAUUAGCAGUUCUUUGUAUAAAGGUUAUUUUAUAUGGAGUUUUGUGAGAAAAUUUUAAAUUAUAUGUGUCUUUAAAUGAGAUCUGAUUGUAUCCAAAUACGUAGAACCAUAGAUCUGAUUGUAUUCAAAUAUGUUUUUAUUUCCUUGUCUUUGAUUAAUUAGCAUCAAUAAACGCUUGCUUGCA